AUGCACUUCAAAACGCAUGCUAGCUCUGCGGAUCUUCAGCUUCCCGCACACCAGAACUCGGAUCUAGCAGCUCUGCAGACGACUUCUCAGCAUCCGGACACGGACACUCUGUCUAUGAACAUGCACCCUCGUGUCAAGAUAUCCCUAUCACGACCACAAGACGCUGUCUGUCACAGCGAAGCGCCUGUGGCGUGUCCGGAUAUUCGGUUCCUUUACGGCGAGGCUGUGGACGGGCCUCAGACGGUGCAGAGGCUUGUCAUGCGGAAACGCACAACGUCGCCCUACCAAAUCAAGCUGCCGUUCAUGGAGGAUCGUCUACGCGCGCGACGUAGUGCCUCGGGAAGCUCAGUGCCGGAAGUCAUCGCGAACCCGCAGCCUUCAGGACCGGAGACGGAGGAUGCAUUCACUCGCGUAGGGCCCGCUCCCUUCACUCACCGAGCGAAGACCUCCUCGCCUCUCGAUGGAUCAUUCUCGCUCGACCACAACGCCAGGGUCUUCAUGCCUCCCUCUCACUGUGUCACCGUUACUGCACCCCAAGGCGAAACAAGGACCUCGAUUGGAGGACCAACGGCCUCCGAACCUCCUUCCGCCGGAGACGUGUCCCCUCUUUUCAUCUUGCACACACUCCCCACCUUGGAUACCUGGUCAGAGAUAUGCGAAGACCUUUCGCGCGCGAUGGAAGUCUUCACCGUCCUGACCAAUGUCGCACCGGGAAGAUUCCAUGUACCACCCUCUCAGUCCCUCGCGAUGGACCUACCCCUUCCGCGCUCUUUCCAAAGCCUCAAGCUCGACAAGUCCCCGGCCACGCCCGCGAGCCCUUGGAACUCGUUUGUGUUUCCGUGCUUCGGAGUCGUAUAG